AUGGAUCCUAAUGGUAGUUCUCGAGAUAAGGAAGGAGGCCUAAGAGAUCUUGGUUUUACUGGUCCCGCAUUCACAUGGUGUAAAAGAAAAUCCUACCCAAACACAAUCAAAACCAGGUUAGAUAGAGGAAUGGCCACCCAUUACUGGAUGCAGAGGAUUCUAAAGGCGUCAGUGGAACAUUUAUCUGAUUUGGGAUCGAAUCAUAGACCAGUUUUAAUAAGUCUUACCCCUAGAAAAUCAAGACAUCCAAGGAAAUUCUUCUUUGACAAUAGAUGGGGCAUUAAUACAGAAGCUAUCCAACUGGUAGAGAACAAUUGGACCCAAAAUGUUAGGGGAAGUCUAAUAUAUCAAGUUCAUGAAAAACUUAAGAGUACAAGACAUUAUCUGUUUCAUUGGCCAAAACAUGCAAAGACCAAUUCCCAUGUUACAAUGCAUGCAUUGCAAAAUGAAAUAGAAAAGGAAAAAAGCAAACCUACCUCUCAAGCUAACUGGGACACUAUCAGAUGUUUAGAACAAGACCUAAUGAAAGCAUCUAUGAAGGAGGAGAAAUUUUGGUACCAAAAAUCUGGGCAGAUGUUUCAAAACUAUUUAAGCAGCAACUCCAAUGGUUCGAUUCCUGGAUUCCUUUAUGGAUUCCCUAGUAAGAUUUCAGAACAAACGAAUUCCACUAUAACCAGAAAAGUGAGCCAAUGUGAGAUUAGGAAAGCAGUUUCAUCCUUACACCCCUCCAAAGCACUUGGAUCAGAUGGUUUGAUGAUAGCGUACUUCUUUCAAAGGUUCUGGUACAUCAUAGGGGAUUUAGUAACAUCAUCCCUUCAGGAUUUCUUCAUAAAUAAGAAGAUAUUAAGGAGUGUGAAUCACACAUUGAUAGCUUUGAUCCCCAAGAUCCAACACUCUCAAAAAGUGGAAGAUUUAAGACCCAUAAGCUUGUGCAUCCCCUUCUACAAAAUUAUCUCCAAAAUUUUGUCACAAAGACUGCAGCAGGUCCUCCCAAAUAUCAUAGGACAUCAUCAAAAUGCUUUUGUAAAGGGGAGAUCAAUCUCAGACUAUAUCUUGAUUGCUCAUGAGGUCAUCCAUCACCUAAGAUCCAAAAGAACUGGAAACAAAUCCUCCUUAGCACUCAAACUUGAGAUAAGCAAGGCUUAUGAUAGAGUAGAGUGGGGUUACUUGUCUCAAAUCUUAAUAGCUUGGGGUUUCAGUAGUACAUUUAAUGAUUGGAUAAUGGAAUGGUUGAGUCACAAGAUUAACCAAGCUGCGACUAAUAACAUCAUCAAAGGAGUUCAAAUCUCCAGAUAUGCCCUAAAUAUCAGUCAUCUGUUUUUCGCAGAUGACUCUCAUAUUCACCCAAGCAAAAUGCUCAUUCUGUUAGGAACCUUCUCAAGGUGCUUUCAAAUUAUGGUAAAGCCAGUGGUGAGAUCAUCAAUUAUGCAAAGUCAACAUCCUUCUUCAGUAAUAAUACAGAUUUGCAUACCAUACAUUUCCGCCCUCUUACAUGUUCAGAACAUCAGUACUGAAAGCACUUAUCUAGGACUUCCCCCUUAUAUCAUGAGGUCCAAACAUGACUCAUUUAAAGGUAUCAUCAGUAGGAUUGAGCAAAAAUUAUUGGGUUGCAAAGAAAGCUUUCUUUAUCUGACAGGGAAAGAAACUUUGCUUAAAGCAGUAAUUGCUGCUAUCCCAAUCUAUACCAUGAUGUUCUUUAAGCUACCAAGAGCUCUGUGUUCCAGAAUUAACAGCCUGAUGGCUCAGUUUUGGUGGGUAGCACUGAGAACAAGAAGAACAUCUUGGGUGGCCUGCAAAAAAAUAUGCAGAAGCAAAUGGGAGGGUGGACUUGGUUUUAAGGAUUUCAGUGCUUUCAACCAGGCCUUGUUAGGUAAACAGACUUGGAGAGUUUUCCAAAACCAGGAUUCUCUCUUGUUUAAGGUUCUAAAGGGCAAAUAUUUCCAUGACUCUCCUAUUUGGAAAGCUCCUCUCAAAUCUAAUUCAUCUUGGGGAUGGAGGAGUCUUUGGCAUGGUCUAAAGCUUCUCAACCAAGAUAGAAGGUGGCAUAUUGCAAAUGGUUAUCAGGUAAACACUCUCACUGACCCUUGGAUCCCUUCAUCCUAUCCUUUUGUGCAACGAACUAAACCAUCGGCAAUCAUUCCCAGACAGAAUAGUUUGCACCACCAUAACUCUGGCCUUUUCACAGUCAAAUCAGGAUACUACAUUGCUCUAAAUAACUCGCAAGAUGCUGACACUCAUUUGGAUCCCUUGUUGUCAAUAAAUGAAAACCUCAACAUGAGGCUGGAUGGAAACAUGCAUAUCCCAGAUGUGGAGCUCAGGAAACCAGGAAUCACCUUUUCUUCCACUGUGACUUUUCUAAAAGGAUGUGGUUCCAUUCUCCAUUAUCUUUUCAUACAAGAUUGUUGUCAGACCUCACUUUUAGCCACAACUAGAUUGCAAUCAUGGAGGACCUUAACUCCUUAG